AUGACGGACCUGGCGUCCCGGGUUAAGCAGUUCGGCCUGACCCAGGUCUACUGCUCCCCGGAGAAGCCUCAGGUGGACGUGGUCUUUGUACAUGGUCUGAAUGGUCACCCCUAUAAUACCUGGGCCACGCAAUCGGGGAUGUUUUGGCCCGCCGAUCUACUCCCAGAGGUUUUAGGGACCAGUCGAGUGAGGAUCUUGACCUACGGAUAUAACGCCAAUGUAACUGCUUUCACCGACGGCGUCUCGAAAGAUCGUAUCCUAAACCAUGCGGAGACUCUUGCGUCUGGACUGGCUGCCAAUCGAAACCUUCGAGGAUGUGCGGAUCGCCCAAUUAUCUUUGUCUGUCAUUCCCUGGGGGGUCUGGUAGUCAAACGUGCUUUGAUCUACUGCCGGAACGUAUCGAACGAGAAGAUCGAGCAUCUCCGGUCGGUCUACGUGUCUACGUACGGCAUCCUAUUUCUCGGAACUCCGCACAAUGGUUCGGACGUUGCCAAAUGGGGACUCUUGCUGCAGAAUAUCUGUAGCGCCGUCCUACCACGGAAGUUCGUAGAGACGUCACCUCAUCUCGUCAAAGCCCUGCGGACAAACAACGAGACGCUUCAGAAUAUCAACAGCCUCUUCGCCGAGAUAAUGGGCCGGUUCCACAUAUAUUUCUUCCAUGAGACCCUUUCGACGGACGUCAAGGGAACUCGCGAGGUGAUCGUCGAUGAGAGCUCCGCCGCCCCAUAUGCCGAAGGUGUGGAACGAAUGGGGAUUGAAUCGGAUCAUCGCAACAUGUGCAAGUUUGAAGAGGAUAGCUCACCGGGCUACGAGGCGGUUGCGGAAGCGCUCUUGCGCUAUUCCCGCGAUGCUCCUCAUACGAUCAUGGACCGUUGGGCCGAGGAGGAAGAGACUCGCCGCGUGAUGAAGCGAACGAAAGUCCGGGAGAUUUUCAACAGCGAAAGGGGAGAUACACCGCAGAUGGGAGGAAGCGAGCCAGAUCUUCGUGCAAUUGGUAGGACACACUUCCUUCCUGAAACUUCUCCCUCUGUGACCUUGAGAGAUUACGAAGUGGAGGAACCCCCAGAGGCCUCCUACGCUAGUAGCUCCACCGUGCCUCCUGGGGCCCGCUUACCUCCUACAGGAGGACGAGAAUCCCCAACAUCAGAACUUGCUGGUAGUACAGCAAAUCUCGCCUUGUCUCGGAGUAUCCACAAGGAGCCGCUCUUUGUAGUACCCCCAGGGUUCCAUCCAAAUGCGACCUUUGUCGGGAUGCAGAAGGAGCUCGAGAUACUGCAUUCCCGCUUGUUCAAAGCAAAGAAACGUUCACAGCGUCUGGUAGCGGUUCUGAUUAGUGGCGUUCCCGGCUCGGGCAAAUCGCACCUGGCACGGGAAUAUGUCUGGAGUCAUCGAGACAGCUACUCUGGCGGGAUCUUCUGGGUGGAUGCGAAGUCUCGAGAAUCGACCUGCAAAUGUUUCUGGGAUAUCGCACAGGCGGCAAUGCUGACAGAUGGUGAAGAGUUUCAAACCCCCGGCUCCAAAGCUUCUCAAAAGUAUGUGGAAGCAGUGCGCAACUGGUUCCAAGGCCGCGAGGAAUGGCUUCUCGUCUUCGACGGGCUCACUUUUGACAAUCACGAUGACCUCAAUAACUUUAAACAGUUUCUCCCUUUCAAUAAACAGUGCAGCAUAAUUUACACGUCCGUUGACCGGACGCUACGAAAGAAACAAAGGCUAUACGAGCCCUAUUCCCUUCAAAUGCCGCCGCUCCAGGCCGAGGAUGCCUGCAAGCUUUUGUUUAAGGACCUCGGGAUCAAGAGGCCAACCCGAGAGCAGCUUCGUAAAGCCACGGAAGUGGUGCGCCAUUAUGAAUGUCUUCCUCUGGCUAUUCAUGCCAUCAGCCACCGCCUCAGUGCUACAGCUAAGCCAAUUGAGAGAUAUCACAUUGACUCACACUUAACCGAUGAGAAAUUGGCGGAGCCAUUCCUGAGCAUCAUGCAUGAUCUUUACCGGACGGAACAUUUUGAAGCCUUGAGUCUAAUCAAUCUGUUGUCCUUUUUUGGCCAUGACGUUCCAAUUGGCCUCAUCAACCUGGGCCGCGCUUCCCUGGAGGCCUGGAAUGUUAAAAUCCUCAGUAGUAGUAGAUCUGGGGAGCGCGGGGACAUAGACACGACUCUCGGGGUCUUGAUCCGGUACGGGCUCAUCGAACGCACGUCGGAUGCCUAUGCGCUACAGGCAAAAGCCCUAUCGCCGCGAUCCGAAAAGGAUGAUUUGUUAGACUUGAAAGCGGUUGUCCCUGAGCUAUCCGAGUCCCAAACUGAGAGUAGCCAGGAUGCGUUUUUCUCAGCAUAUCAAAGCUCUGGAUCCAUUGACUUGAUCAAGAUCCACAGCGUUGUACAGGGGUUUUGCCGAGACGAGCUCAAGAUCAUGGACGAGGAGCGGAAAAGGAAAGGUUUAACCGGCGAUACCAGCAAGUCAGUCGCUGGCUUCUAUGAUUCAUGGCUUGUAGUGGCUACCCGCUUGCUCUGUCUAUCAUAUGAGAAUGCCAAAAGGCGAAUGGACCAGACCGACAACUAUGGCUUGGUGAAGGACUAUCGCGAGUAUGAAACCCAUGCGUCCGUAUUAGGCGACAACUUUCCACGGCGAACCUCAACCGAGCCAGAAAUAGUGUGUGAAGCCCGGAAAGAACUCAGAGACUUAAUGAGAAGCAUCAGCAAUGAGAUUGAACGGAUCUCACCAAGCUCCUCACAAGAAUCAAUCCGCAGGCACCGCUCGGUCUUUGACCGCUCAAGUAGCUCCUCCUCAUCUAUUCCGGAAUCUUCCCCGGAUGAAGGGCUGUCCCGCCAUUUUACAUGGGAUCUGAACGAUACUCAGCCUGUGGAAUCACCGCAGGAAAUAUCCAUAUCCCCACCGCGCUUCAACCUGAAACCUUUUCUACCCCAUAUUUUCCGAGAUUCUCACACCGAGCAAGAGACUGGAUACGAGACUGACGGCGAAGGCGCAAAGGCUGUGAUUCGAACAUCCCCAGCACUAUCACAAUUCAGUCAAUCAACGGAGAAGCCAAUCUCAUCGCAGGCGCACAGUCCGCCACAGCAGCAACCAUCAGAUGAUCAGGGCUGGCACAUUGUGACCAGGCCCAAGCCAAGCAAGGAGAGGCAGUCAAAAUCAAGGCCCAAAUUUCCCCGUAAUAUCCGUCGUCCGAAGCCAGCAGCGCCUGUCCUCAAAGUAUUCCCUGUUGAAGGGAGAAGCGCCUCGAGCAGUACGUUAGAAAAGAGUCGGACUAGCUCCCUCGUGUCCGCUUCUGAGGCCCUUUCUGCCGUCCACAAUGCCAGCCCGCCACAGUCCUCCCAAGACAUUUCCAGGUUGAUGGGAGGCCGGCCGGUAAUCAAUGACGAGAAUGCACCCACCUAUGCUUCUGUUGCAGCUAGGCGUGCGCAGGAGACAGCCAUAUCAGAAAAACAACGGUCGUCGUCGACACCCGGAGGGAAAAGUCGGCCAACAUUCCUCGGAUUGCAAAGCAAAUCGUCGGGCGAUUCCCUCUCGAGUGCCGUUCAUACGUCACCCUUUUCCACCGAAUUCAAACCGGACCGAAUGAGUCAGUCGACGUACAGCGAACCUGAGCAAGGAUCUCUCACGCACCAACUGCACGAACUGGACUUGAAUACUGCCCAAGGAUCCCGGUAUCACUCCCGACACCUGUCCGCCGUACGGACAGUUGGCCCUAUAGGAGAUAUGUCGGCGAGUACACCCUCUGUUCUCACUUACCUUCCGCCACUGCCAUAUGAGAACAAUAUCGAGGUCAGCGUUUCGCGCCGUAAAAGCAUCCCGGCAAGGCCGAGGCCCGUCAGUCAGACGACAACGAACAUUAGCUCGCUGACCCAUCCGUCUGCCAUUAUGCCCGGUGCUUCACCACCAGCUUCAGUGGCAGCAGAGGUACCUGCUGGCGGCUAUGCCUCUGAUCCAGCUCCAGAGCCGAUGUCCCGAGGUAUAUCGUCGCAAUCGCACCAGUCUUGGUCGACAGAGCCGAUCCGUUAUCCAUCUCGGCUCUCUCCGAUGUCUUCCAACGCGCAUGCCACCUUACCCAAGGCUGUGCCCCAUGUCAUUCCGCAGCAACAAGCUCUCUCUGGCACCGGGAGCUGGGUAGGGGACAUGCACCCGCAGUCACCGCCACAACCAAAAUUGGCGAGCUCACUCCAGUCAGACGUCAGUUACUCGACACAGCCCCAUCUGAGGGCAUUUGACCCGUUGAAUAAUCACAUGGCUAGCCUGGACCAGAACUGGGAAUACCACGACCCCACACCGACGCUGCACUUUGGUGCGCACCGAGUGGAUGUCCGUGAAGCUCGCCAGAGACUCCAUCAAUACCGACCGUACGAAGCACCUCUACCUGGACCAGUUGCGACCCUGAAUAUGUAUCACUCGAAUCUUUCCGGGCCGUUGAUUUCGCAAGACGUUCAUCUUCGUCCACAGGAGCUGCCUAAGGGACCCGUGAAUGUGGCCAAGGAUACUCUGAAAAAGGCAGAUAAAGUCGUCUCGGGUGCAGCCGUGAAGGGGAUUGAGAAGGGAGAACAAGCUCGAGAUAAGAUCAAGGAUGUUGCCAGUGCGGUAAGCGGAAAGACCGAGGCGGAAAAGACCGAGGCGGAAAAGACCAAGGGAAAGGAGGAAGAAGCGUUGGGGGAGGCGAAAAGAAAGGCCAAGGACGCGGCUAGUCAUUUGAAAAGUUAA